GCUGCCUCCCCCUCCUCCCCCCUCGGCGCCCGUGGCCCGUCCGCGGCCGUCCCCUCCUGGUCCCCUCACACUCACACACACAGGCCGGGCAUUGAUGGUAAUGUAUGCGAGGAAACAGCAGAGACUCAGUGAUGGCUGUCACGACCGCAGGGGGGACUCGCAGCCCUACCAGGUACCUCAGCGCCGGCCGGCUCUUAAGUACUCAUCCAAGAGUCACCCCGGUGGUGGUGAUCACCGUCAUGACAAGAUGCGAGACACCGCAGAUCCUUCACCACCAAAUAAAAUGUUGCGGCGCUCUGAUAGCCCUGAAAACAAAUACGGUGACAACACAGGGCACAGUAAAGCAAAAAGUGUGCAUACGCACAGAGUUAGAGAGAGGGAUGGUGGGACCAGUUAUUCUCCACAAGAAAAUUCACAUAACCACAGUGCUCUUCAUAGUUCAAAUUCACAUUCUUCUAAUCCCAGCAAUAAUCCAAGCAAAACUUCUGAUGCAGCUUAUGAUUCUGCGGAUGAUUGGUCUGAACACAUCAGCUCUUCAGGCAAAAAAUACUACUACAACUGCCGAACAGAAGUUUCACAAUGGGAAAAACCAAAAGAGUGGCUCGAAAGAGAGCAGAGGCAAAAAGAAGCAAGCAAAAUGUCGGUUAACAGUUUUCCAAAAGAUAGGGAUUACAGAAGAGAGGUGAUGCAGGCGACAGCUGCCAGUGGGUUUGCCAGUGGAAUGGAAGACAAGCAUUCCGGUGACGCCAGCAGUAUGCUCCCACAGAAUAUUUUAUCUCAAACAAGCAGGCACAAUGACAGAGACUACAGACUGCCAAGAGCAGAGACUCACAGUAGUUCUACUCCAGUACAGCAUCCCAUCAAACCAGUGGUUCAUCCAACUGCUACCCCAAGCACUGUUCCUCCUAGUCCAUUUUCUCUACAAUCUGAUCACCAGCCAAAGAAAUCCUUUGAUGCUAAUGGAGCAUCUACUUUAUCAAAACUGCCUACACCCACAUCUUCCAUCCCUGCACAGAAAACGGAGAGAAAAGAGGAACAGAAGACUUUCAGCGAGCCUUUUUGUGUUCAACACAGUAAAGCAAGAAAGUCUGCAUCUGUGGACAAGUCUGUAUCCCAUUCUUGCACAACUCCUUCUACAUCUUCUGCUUCUGGACUGAAUCCAACUUCUGCGCCUGCUUCAUCUGCUCCUACAGUUCCUGUCUCGCCUGUCCCACAAUCACCAAUUCCUCCGUUACUUCAGGACCCAAAUCUCCUUCGACAGCUGCUGCCUGCUCUGCAAGCCACCUUGCAGCUUAAUAAUUCUAGCGUAGAUAUAUCCAAAAUCAAUGAAGUUCUAACAGCAGCUGUGACACAAGCCUCUCUGCAGUCUAUACUCCAUAAAAUUCUUACUGCUGGACCAUCUGCUUUCAAUAUCACUUCCCUAAUUUCUCAAGCUGCACAACUGUCUACGCAAGCUCAGCCAUCUAAUCAGUCUCCAAUGUCUUUAACAUCUGAUGCCUCAUCACCAAGAUCAUACGUAUCUCCAAGAAUAAGCACGCCUCAGACUAACACCGUUCCACUUAAACCUUUGAUGACUACGCCGCCGGUAUCAUCACAGCAGAAGGUUGCAACUCCAGGUGUUAAACAAGGACCAGCUUCACAGGCAGCACCUCAGCAGCCGGUAAUAGCUGACAAGCAGGCAGGUCAUGAACCUGCCUCUCCACGAAGUCUUCAGCGCUCAAGUAGUCAAAGAAGCCCAUCACCAGGUCCAAAUCAUACCUCUAGCACUAGCGCAUCAAAUUCAACACCUGCACCGCAAAAUACAUCUGUACGACCCACUUGUUCGUUAACACCUACGCUAGCAGCACACUUCAAUGAAAAUCUUAUAAAGCAUGUUCAAGGCUGGCCUGCAGAUCAUGCAGAAAAGCAGGCAUCAAGAUUACGUGAGGAAGCCCAUAACAUGGGAAGUGUCCAUAUGUCAGAAAUUUGUACUGAAUUAAAGAAUUUAAGGUCUUUAGUUCGAGUAUGUGAAAUUCAAGCAACUUUGCGUGAGCAAAGGAUACUAUUUUUGAGGCAACAAAUUAAAGAACUUGAAAAGCUAAAGAAUCAGAAUUCCUUCAUGGUGUGAAAAGUUGUAAACAAUUGCACAUGGUUUUGAGUACAGGAACUAUUAAACUGAUGCCCAGUCUUAACA